GAAGAAUGAAGCAAAUGGAACAGCAGAUGAGGAGGACCAUGCAGAUGUCUUCUUCAUCUUCCUCCUCGUCUUCCUCCUCCUCCUUCAGUUCCUCCAUCAGCUCCGCCCGGCUGCGAAAGGUCUCUCAGGGCUUGUCCAAGACCUUAGAUGACAUCACUGGGGUACAGCGUGGAACAUCUGCUGUGGUCGAAACCUUCAGUCAGGUACAGAAGUCUCCCAGCCUCCCAGAGGGGGAGUCUGUCCCAGAUUUUGAGGAAAAACUACGCCCUAUCACUGCACAAGAGGGUGUCGGUGCAGCUUUCAAAGCCAAGGUGUCAGGGAGGCCCAAACCCCAAGUUCGAUGGCAGCGAGCCAGUGGCGCUCCGCUGUCGGAGGGCACAAAGUUGUUCUACGACGACAUCAACAAUCAACACAUACUCAAGAUAAAAAUCCUGACCCUGGAGGACGCCGAUGUCUACAAAUGCAUUGCUUCCAAUGAGCACGGCGAAGCCAUCUACAGCAUAUCGCUUAUCGUGACAGAAAAUCCAGCACUGGACUUUAAAAAAAAGCUGAAGAAAUGCAGUGUGGAGAAGAGAGAGGAGAAGAAGCCUCCAACAGAAGAGGAGAUGCUGAAGAUCUUGUCUGGUGCUGAGAAGAAGGACUAUGAGAGGAUCUGUGCAGAGUAUGGCUUCACCGACUUCAGGGGAAUCCUGAAGAGGCUGAAGGAGAUGAAGAAGAAAGUGGAAGUGGAGGUGGUUCGUGUGCUUAACCCCCUGGAGGACAUCACUGCCAAAGCAGGCAGCAACGUCGUGUUUGAAACCGUUCUGGAACUGGAAGAUCCAAACAUAAGGAUGCAGUGGUUUCUGGGCCCAGAAUUGCUGCGCCUCCAGUACUCUCAUGGCAAAUAUGAGAUAAAACAGAUAGGAACCAAGCACAUGCUGUGCAUUUCAAACGUGGGCCUGGGUGACAAGGGCACCUACAGCCUGCAGGUUGGAGAUAAGAGACAGUCAGCAAAACUUAAAGUCAUAGAUGAACCUCUGAAAUUCCUGUCUGAGUUCAAGCCCGAAAAAGUGAGAGAGCGCCAGACUGCUGUGUUUGAGGUGCGUCUCUCCAAGAAGACCAAUGCUCCUCUGAUCUGGAUGGUGAAAGGAAAGGAGGUCAAAAGGGAUGAAAAGUUUGAUGUGUCGCUGUCUGAAGAUGGUCUGACCUACACCUUGAAGAUUAAAGAUGUGAAAGUCAGCGACACCGGAGACUACACCAUCAGCAUCGGGGACAUCUCUGCCACUGUGCCACUAUUCAUUGAGAGGAUUCCCAUCGCCUUCACCAGCCCCUUGAAGAACGUGCGUGCACAGGAGAAAGGCAAGGCCCGACUGGAGUGUGAGAUGAGCUCCAAGGACGUGCACGUGCGCUGGCUAAAGGACGGGAGUGACAUCACAGCCAGCCGACGUUACACCUUUAUGCGCGAGGGAAAGAGGGCAGAGGUCGUCAUUGAGGAGUGUGAACAAACAGAUGAGGGAGAAUACACCGUGGUCUGCACUCAGGACAACGACUCGCAGGAAUACGUCACCUCGGCCAGACUCGGCGUGGAAGAGCGCUUCGCUUCGGUUAAGAGUGGGAUGUCAGACCUUCAGUGUCCUACAGGGAGCCCUGCGGAGCUCUGUGUGGUCCUGGAUGACGAGAAGGUGGAUGGAGUGUGGCUGAAAGAUGGACAGGAGAUUACAGGGCAGGGGGGCGUUCAAGUGGUCAAACAAGGAGCUGUCCACAAGUUGAUCUUCUCAGGAUUGACUGAUGCUCAUGAGGGCAAGUACACCUUCAGAGCAAAGGGGGUCGAGAGUGAAGCUGUACUCACUGUUGCAGAUCCUCCAGAGAUUGAUUCCUCUGUGUUGGACAUGUUGGGGAGCCAACCAGUAACAGUAAAGGCAGGCCAGACCGCCACCAUUAAGAUCCCCUUCAAAGGGAAGCCACCUCCCAAAGUCACAUGGUACAAGGACGGCGUGGAGAUGGUGGAGGAUGAGAGGAUGAAGGUGGAGCGGACUUCUGACAGCACCACUCUCGUGAUCAACAGAUGUGUGCGAGAGGACAGCGGAGUAGUUCAGCUUCGACUAAAAAGUGACUGCAGCACGACCACAGCUCACUUGCAACUCCAAGUGAUUGACCACCCUAAACCUCCUCCAGGCAAAGUGGAGUUCUUGGAGCUUUCCAGGAAGUGCAUCAAGAUGAAGUGGAAGCAUCCCAGGGACAAUGGCGGUAAGGAGGUGACCAGCUUUGUGAUGGAACGUCGUGAGGCCGGUAAGAAGUCGUGGACCAGGGUGGGGGAAGUCCAAAGCAGCUCGACUGUCUUCAGCGACGACACAGUGGAGGCGGGGCAAGUUUAUCAGUAUCGCAUUAGAGCCAUCAACUCGGAGGGAAUGAGUGACCCUCUGGGGACAGAGGAGGUGUGUGCCGGAGAGCCUAUAGAGCCUCCAGGCACGGCCUCCCAGCUUCAAGUGUCUGAUGUCACCAAGGACGCCAUGACGGUGAGCUGGAACCCGCCGGGUCACGAUGGAGGAGCACCAGUUCUUGGCUACAACCUGGAGAGAAGAAAGAAGGGGAGCAAUAUGUGGCUGCAGGUCAACAAGGAGCUGAUUCCAGAUUCUAAAUUUGUGGUAGACGGGCUGGUAGUUGAUGUGGAAUAUGAGUUCAGAGUGACCAGUGUAAACCAGGCAGGGUCAGGUAGUCCCAGCAAUAUUUCCAACGCUGUAAUGGCCAAAGACCCAAUACGAGCUCCCAGCUUUGUGAAGAUCUUGCUUGUUUCGGACUCCACCAACACAUCCAUCUCUCUGAGCUGGACACCUCCAGAGCAGGGGGACACACCCUCAGGUUACAUCCUGGAAGUCCGCCCUGAAGAUGCCAAAGAGUGGACAAAAUCUACAAAGAUCCCCAUUGUUGGCACCGGCUUCACAGUGGGGGGACUUCAAGAACGAAUGAAAUACCACUUUCGUAUCCGGGCUGUGAACGAAGGAGGGCUGGGGGAGCCCACUGAACUGUCCGAAGGGGUCCUUGCGAUGCCUCCACCUGUGGCUCCCAGGUUUGAUCUUCAGGGUAAAAUGAAGAGUCAGAUGGUGGUUUGUGCAGGAAGUACACUCUGUCUUCAGCUGAGCUUCACUGCCUCCCCCUCACCAGUUGUAACCUGGUUCAAAGAUGGCAGCAUCACCACAGGAAGAGAAGUCAUCACCAAAAGCAACAAUCACUCCCAGUUCCUCCUCUCCUCCUCCCAGCGGAGUGAUUCUGGAGAGUACCGUGUCCACCUGAAGAACGACUUCGGAGAGGCACACUAUAACGUCAAUGUCAGGGUUACAGACUUUCCUCGGCCCCCAAAGAACCUCCGCUUGGUGGAAGAGGUCCCGGGGACUGUGACCCUACAGUGGGAUCACACUCCAGACCUGGUCGAGGAUAAUGAAGGAGCCCAUUACGUCAUCCUUAAGCGAGAUACCAGCACUCCUUCGUGGUUUACCAUGGCUGAGUGUGUCUUCAGCAGCAAGUACACCGUCACCGGACUGCUGCCGGGGAGGAAGUACUACUUCAGGGUCAUAGCGCAGAACUCUAUCGGAGACAGUGAUCCCUUAGACUCAAGUGAAGCGCUCAUCAUCGCCAGGGAAAGAGAGUGCAUCAGCAGUCUUCGUCUGAAAGAAUAUGCUGCACCCCCCCGUCAGGUGAAACCCUCUUUCCUUCUUCCCCUGAAGGACCACGCUGUGCACCGAGGCCACGACUGCACCAUGAGCUGUGCCUAUCAGGGCAUGCCAACGCCGCAGGCCUCCUGGUACAAAGGAGAAUCCAAGAUGUCUGACCGCCCUCGCUUUUGGCAGAGCACGGCUAAUGGAGUGUGCACUCUGGUGAUUCCUGUUUGCGCUGUCAAGGAUAGUGGGAAGUACACUCUCGUGCUGGAAAAUCCACUCGGGAUGGCGAAGUGCUCGUGCAGCCUGGUCAUCUUUGAUAAGGAUGACAAGAGCCUGCUGGAGAGUCUGACUAAGCAAGCAAACAAGGAGAAGCUUAUUGUGUAGGAAAUGUCAUACAUACUAGUGUUAUUCACCAUCACUUUGCCCAAAUAUCUCAUCUUUUGAUUGGGGCAAGGUUGUCUUUUGUGCAUGAACUUUCCCUUGCAGUGCAAUAAAUGACCACCAGAGGU